CGCUUCUAAUAACACAACAACCACAACGAGCACCAGCACCGUCACCGUCACCGUCACCACCAACACUAGCACCGCAAACGCCACCGUCCCUUCUGUAGUGCGCAAGACGUAGUAAAAUGGAACCCUCAUAUGAUCACGAACAACCACAUCAUCUGCUAACAAAUUACAACCAUAAAAAGUACCAACCAUUCAUGUCACGAAUAUCCGAAUACAGUCUGGCACACGAUCUACAGGAGCAGAAUAUGGGUAUUGCUGGCAGUGACUCCUACAGUGUUAGACAUGAUAGUGAGCACUCUUCCCCCAGUUUACACUCACCGGCCAUACACCAAUCCGCAUAUGAAACAGAAAUCGUUGAUAGAACGCUACAACAAAGUGAAGGCAAUGCAGUGUACCCUUCGCAUUUUCUUGCCACUACAUCACCUUUAUUGAAUUCCAAUCUACCAUUGCUAACAAAUAAUCAAGUCAUGCUAAACAAAUUUCUUACACAUCCCAAUAUGGUGGCUGUAACUGUACCAGUGCACGACACGGAAGACUGUCCAACCGGUGCCGAUACUCCAGUGUGGAACUACAAUGACUACAAGGAUGACAUUUGUGCCGUAAAUUGUUCAUACUUAGAAAGACAACAGAAGGUGAACGAAUCGAAAUUUCGUACUGGCGUCAAUGCCGCAAAAUGUGCCAAAGAGACCAGAAUACGUAGACCAAUGAACGCCUUCAUGGUGUGGGCGAAAAUCGAACGAAAAAAGUUGGCCGAUGAAAAUCCGGACCUCCACAAUGCGGAUCUUAGUAAGAUGCUAGGUAAAAAGUGGCGUUCACUUACUCCUCAGGACAGGCGGCCUUAUGUAGAAGAAGCGGAACGCCUCCGUGUCAUACACAUGACCGAAUAUCCCAACUACAAAUAUCGACCUCGCCGAAAGAAGCAAUCGAAAGUGCGCACUGUGCAACCAUCGGCGAAGGAACAAAAUAAUACGACAAAUCAAGUUGCUGCCGCCAACAAAUCCAACUCAGUCACGCAAAAACCAACCAAUUCCCCAUCCAUGAGCCAGUCAUUCAACCAGUUGGCCGACGACAAUCAAGCAACACGUUUUCAGGCACAAGGACAGCCCAAAAAUCCUUCAAAUUCCAGUAUUUAUGAGCAAGCAUUGCGGUCCAACUACUCUCCCUCCACUCCCGCCGAUUGUUGCAGCAAUUCCGACACAAUCGAGCACUUGGAAUCGAUUAAUUGCCAGUCUUCAAUAACGAAUAAUGAGACCAUAACAACGGGUUCACAGAAAUCGAAUACGAAGGGGGGUAGUAGUCAGUCGGUGGGUACCAAGUUAUCAAAACCAAAUCGGAACCAAUCGUCGAAUGCGCUCAAUCUCGAUAAAGAUGUAGUUAAAGUAUCCAGGUAUGGCAAAAUGGAGUCCAAGUCUCAGCAUAAUCAUUUUGUAGCAUAUCCUCUGACAUCGACUCCCAAAGCCGUUAUCACCACCAGGGGCAUGUAUGUAACGUGCAAUAGUCGAGGAAUACUGGAUCAUGGUUAUUCCGUAAAAGGCACGUUUUAUCCGCCCGUUUCCGCAGCCGACAACCCGUCGAUACGCAAUAACAACUCAGGUCAAUCUUUGACAAAUUGCGAUGUUGCCACAACAUUCACCACCUCAUCAGAAAAUGCGCUCAGCACUAAUUGUGGUCCGAACUAUCAAUCCAUAUAUUCUCAUGAUACCAGUAUUUCCAGUUCAGGUACACUUCUUCAAACGAUUGCCAACACAAGCGAUAGCUUUGCAACUCCGCCCAGCUCCUAUGCGCCCAAUGUACACUUUGAUGAAUUCACGCGCUACUCCAACGCCGUCGAAUCGGAUUUCACGCCUGUCGUUUGUGACAAUGGGUUGGAACAAGGCAAAACCGAUGUUGGCAUGAAAUUUGCUAAAUAUCCUGAUACAAAUCACAACUACGAUGACUUCGAAGCAUACAACAAUCCGUUAGUGGUUUCCGCUACCGGCUCUAAUUAUUAUACCCAGUUGCCUUAUACGUUAGCCGCCACAAGCGCAUGUACGCCGCCGACAACACUGGCAUUUCCCCUGCAACUGACCUUGCCAUUACAGCAGCCAACCACUUCCGCUUAUACGCAUCCUCACCACCACCACCAUCACCACCACGCUCAUCAUUCUCAUCCGACGCAUCACCAUCAGCAAAUACACAGUCAACAGCUACAAAACGGUUAUGCCCCUUACAACCAUUUUAUAACCACCACAAAUACUACAGGCGCCGUUAUUCCCACCAGCACAUCAUUGACGUCCAUUAUCGCACAGAACAAUGCCAUCGGCGACAUUAACACCCAAAUGCAACAGUCGCCUGUUGCACAUUUUACGCGCACCGGCACCGGAAGCUCGGCGACUGUAGGGAACGUCGAACGAAUAUUUGACACACGUAAGGACGAGGAGAUUAGUAAUAUAUUGGCCGGAGUGAGGAAAACCUGUUACAGCAAUUGACGAACUAAUAAUAGAAAAUAUACAAUACA